UCAGUGUCUGAUAACGAAUUUCCCCACAAAUCAUUAUCACUCAAUUCUGCAAGUGGUUCUAAUUUACUAUCGCUGUUCUCUAGCUGGUCUAAAACCGAUUUUGACCUAAAGGGACACUUUUUGGACGCCAUGGACGUUUCUCAGUUUCCAGGCAAUAAGAACAGUAAAAAUGCAGGCAGGGCGCCGGACAAAACACUCGGGACAAAAUGUAUGUAAAAUGGUUUGAUAAAGUAAUGUUUUACUAUCAAUAAGCAAGUAUUUAGUGAAUGUCACUUUUUGUCAUUUUCAAAUUUCCCGCCGUUCCGUCCCCCGUACGUCCCGAUGCUCGCAGGGGACGGAACCCAGAUGACAGAUGCCGGAUUACAUUGCCGCGGACACUGCAGGAGGGACA